AUGUCGGCUUCAGCUCUAUUUUGCUUGAGAAUGGUGGUGGUGCCUAUCCAUUAUUCUCUCUCCUCGUCCAGUGUCGGCGGUGGUGCGACCAAGGUAGCACCAGGAGUGGGCGGCAGCGUUGGUGGCGUAAAGGUAGUGAUAGAGUCCUCAUCGCGGCCACAGAAGAAGGCAACGAAACACCACAUGAAGACGCGACCCCGCAAGUCUCAGGCUUGGGACAUUCGACAUGGGCCCACCGUUUACCCUCCUCUUCCUCUGCUUCCUCCUGAGUGGGCUCUCGUCACGGAUGAUGCUGUUGCUGAAACUGUUGUUUCUUCUCCUCCACAGCUGCCCAAGACCACCCAGUAGUAAUCGUUCAUUAUGCCAAUAGUUUUUUCAAUGCGUUUUAUUUCUGACUUUGUUUGAUGGUAUUUUUGUUGCUCAUGAUUAUGCCCACCUUUGGAUAUCGGUUCUGUUGAUUGAAGAAGUUAAAUGAAUUGCAGUUAGAAAAAGUUCUGGAGGCGGUAUGCCUUUUUCUGUAUGUAAUCUGUCUAUGUCCGAUACCAAUUCGAUGAUAAUCCUGAAUGAAAUGAGAAGGCU